AUGUUUAAACAGGGGCAGGUCCCGUGUGCCAAAUCCUUUCCCUGUGCUCCCCACGCCCUGACUUGGCCUGGUUUCACCCCCUGCGCAGGGUUCCCCGUCCCCAAACCCGAGCUGAUCGCCCGGCUGGAGCGAGGGGAGGAGCCGUGGGUGCCGGAUCUCCAGGCCAACGAGGAAGGGGAGAGCCCGAGAGGCACCCGCCCAGUCCCCUUUCCGACUUGUCUCCUGCCGGCACACUCAGUGACUCCUCCCUGGGUUCUGUCUCCCCCAGCAGGCGACGGGGCCGGGGGUGAGAACAAGGAGGAGGAUUGGCAGCAGGAAGGCCCUGGGGGCGUGGAACCGCCGGAGCCGUUCUCGGGGCGAGCCGGAGGGAGCUUUCCCCCGGGCGUGGCAGCGGGACGUGAGCGACACGGGGCCGGGGGGCAGCAGACCCGGGACGGAUCCGCGCUGUGCGGUGCAGGGGUGAAGGGGGCCGGGAACGGCGCGGCUCCAUCGUCAGUCCUCACCGAAGGGAAGCCCUACAAGUGCCGGGAGUGCGGGAAAAGCUUCCGCUGCAGUUCCAGCCUCCUCAUGCACCUGCAGAGCCACACCGGCGACAGGGCGGUCAAGUGCCUGGCCUGCGGGAAGGGCUUCAGCCAGACGGCCACGCUGGUCAUCCACCAGCGCAGCCACACCGGGGAGAGGCCGUACCCGUGCCCGGUGUGCGGGAAAUCCUUCAUGGACAGCACCUCCCUGAUCAAACACGGGCGCAUCCACACCGGGGAGAGGCCCUACAAGUGCCAGGAGUGCGGGAAAGGCUUCCUCGCCAACUCGGUGCUCACCAUCCACCGGCGCAUCCACACCGGGGAGAGGCCCUACCCGUGCCUGGUGUGCGGGAAAAGUUUCAUGGAGAGCUCCUCCCUGCGGAACCACGGGCGCAUCCACACCGGGGAGAGGCCCUAUCGGUGCCACGCCUGCGGGCUGAGCUUCCGCCUGAAAUCCACCCUGAACUCGCACCAGAAAACCCACACGGGCGAGAAGCCCUACGCCUGCCCGGCCUGCGGGAAAUCCUUCCUCUCCAGGUCCACCUUCCGCGUCCACUGCAAAACCCACACGGGGGAGCGGCCCCACCGGUGCGCGGCCUGCGGGAAGGGCUUCAUUCAGAAAUCCGAGCUCACGAUCCACGAGCGGCUGGACAACGGGGAGAGG